GUAUGUUAUACAGUGUUGUUAAUGUUACCAUUCAAGUUGGAUUUCAGCUUUAAUGUACUUUUUUAUAAACAAAGUAGCUAAUAUUGUCAUAGCAGCAGCAGGAACUUAAGACCCACCUACAGUAGCCUUCAUACCUGAAGUAUUACUGUCAAAUCCACACUGUUGAUUUGGGAAGGACUGGAUAGGCGAGACUACACAACAGCUCUUCUUUAAAGCAUACAAAUUGAAUUUGGUUUGCAUCAGAAGAAUGGCAGAUCAAACAUUGAAAAACCUUCGAGUUGAAUUGGUGCAGUGUAUGACCGAGGCAGUCAUCAAGGAUUUGGUGGAUGAUCUUGUUGGUUGUAAAGUAUUGAGCAGUAGCGAGACUGAAGAAAUACUGCUACCGACCAAACCCCGAUCUGAUCAUGCUCGCGGCCUGAUUGACAGUGUGAAAGUGAAGGGAAAGAUCGCGAGUGAAAAGAUGUUACGCCUUUUGGAAACCCGCGACAAAGCUCUUUACGACAACCUGAACAUUAGCAGCCUUUUGGAAGCUCUGAAUAGUGGAGAAGCGACCUCUAGUGGCCGGAAUGUGACGUCAGAUGAACGAAAAUCUUCUAGGGAAGCUGAGCAGGGUGAGUACAAAAUGAACAGUACUCCACGUGGACUUUGUGUUAUUAUUAACAAUAAGAACUUCAAAACCCCUAAAAAGGACCGUGUUGGAUCCGAAUGUGAUGUUGACUCUCUGCAGAAAGUGUUUAGAUAUUUGGGCUUUACGGUGGAGACACACCAAAAUCUGAGUGCAGAUGACAUGAAAACACUUAUGACACAAUACAGUAAGGAUGACCGUCAUGGAGACUGCUUUGUCUGCUGUGUGUCAAGUCAUGGAAACCAAUGUGGUAUCAUUGGUAUAGAUGAGAAAACUUGUCCUCUGAAGGACAUCACAUCACCAUUUAAUGGAGUCAACUGUUCCUCACUUAUUGGCAAGCCAAAAGUGUUCUUCAUUCAGGCAUGCAGGGGUAAGGAGAUGCAGGGGAAAGUUCAGGUUGAAGCAGAUGAUAUGGGUGGUGAACCAGACCAGGAAUCCGAUAAUGUACCGGAUAAAUACACCAUUGCCAGUGAUUCAGAUUUUCUGAUUGUCAUGUCUACGGUGGAGGGAUAUUAUUCACUGAGAAAUCCAGCGAGUGGCUCAUGGUUCAUACAGUCCCUUUGCAGGCAUUUAAAUGAUGAAAGCAAACGGGGCCAGGACAUCUUAAAGAUCCUCACUACUAUCAAUAAUGAUGUAAGCAGAAGAGAGGGCACUGUUGUGAUUAAUAAUGAGAUAAUUGAUGCCAAGCAGGUUCCAGAGCCCCAUUUCACUUUGAGGAAAACUCUUAUUUUCAGAGUUCCUGAGGGUCAGUCUACUCAAGAAUGAUACGCACCUCCAUCUGUUACCUUCACUUAAAGAAGUCUUCACCCAAAACAAAGAAUAACUUCACAUUUGUGUCUGUUGUUAUUAUUGUGGUGUUGGUGGAAAAGAAGACUCAUGUGUACACACUGUAUAGGCAAAAGUGUUUUGUUUUGUUGUAGUUGUAGGCUGGACAGCAUUGUGUUUUAGAGUUCUGCUGUAAUAUGUAACCUGGUCUACUUCAAAUACAGUUUUUAAUGUUUAGGCGAAUGCCUGUUCCUUACAUUUAUAAAAGUGUGCCCUCAUGAAAACGGAAUGCCCCCAUCUGUUUUGGCGACAGCAUUUGACCUGCAUGGUUGAUCAUAACAUUUUAUUAACACGUAUUGAAGCAUGUGUGGGUUUUCGGGGUAUGUACUCCAGUGGUUUCGCUCUUAUUUAUCAAAUAGGAGUCUGCCUUGGGCACCAUUCUUCUUCUGUUAAAAAGUUAAGUUCUGGUGUCCCUCAGGGAUCUAUUCUUGGCCCGGUACUGUUCAAUCUCUAUAUGUUACCUUUGGGUUCUAUUGUAUGGAUUAUCUUUUCAUUUAUAUGCUGAUGACACACAAAUCUAUUUGCCUAUAAAGCCUGACGACAAACUUGCCUUUAAGUCUAUAUUAGAGUGUUUAGAUGAACUGAAACUUUGGCUUGCUAGUAAUUUCUUAUGUCGUAAUGAGAGCAAGUCUGAAAUUAUUUUGUUUGGUCCAUGUGAUCACAGCUCUCCUGAUGUUGAACUUGACACUCUGUUACCUCGUAAAGCCAGUUGUUUUAUUGCUUGAUAAAAGCCUUAAGCUUGAUAAGCAGAUAGGUGCUGUGGUUAAGUCUUGUUGUUUCUAUCAACUGCGCCUUAUAGCAAAAGUUAAACCCUUUUUGUCUGAUAAGAAUCUUGAAACUGCAUGCAUUUAUAUCGUCCCGUCUUGAUUAUUGCAACUCUUUGUACAUUGGUGCCUCUAAGUCUUGCAUUUCACGACUAUAGCUAGUUCAAAAUGCUGCAUCACUCACAUCACAACGGUUCUACUUUCGCUUCAUUAGUUACCUGUCAAGUACAGGAUUGAUUUUAAAGUUUUGCUAUUUGUUUUUAAGUCUUUGCGGAAUCAGGCACCACAGUACCUAUUAGAACUUCUGCACCUGCCGUCUCAGUCUAGAGCUCUUAGAUCUGGACAUUCUGAUUUAUUGUUUGUACCUAGAACUAGACUCAAAAACAGGGAAUGUCUCCCGGGCUACAUAAAAACGGCCCAAGCUCUAUUUUUAAAUCUGCCCUGAAAACUUACUUUUUCUCAUUGGCCUUUAAUUUAAUUUGAUUCUUACUGUUAAUUUUAUUUCAUAUCAAAUUGUUUUAUCUAUUUUGCUUUUCAUCUUUUACCAUUGUAAAGCACUUUGGUCAAUUUCUAAUUGUUUUUAAAUGUGCUAUACAAAUAAACUUGUAUAUUGUAUACAAA